CAGACAGGCCGACUGAAUUCAGAAAAUUGCUUUUGCUGCAGUCGAGGUGGGGCCGCGUUGUUUGCUGUCCGCCCACGCGGCAGGGCACUAGUAUAGCCUACAGCCUACCUCGAGGCGUUGGGAGAGGGGUGGCGGGGCGAGGAGGGCUACGUGGGACUAAACGCUCACGAAUCGCGGACUUUACUUCGCGAUAACGUAUCGGGGAGCGGGGGGCAAUCUCUCCAAACAGCGGGCAAACGACUUACACGGUGUAAGUGUGGGGCUGCUGCUGUAGCAGUGACCUGACGCGCCGGGAGCUUCAGGAGUCCUGGCUCCAUCGGGGCCACCAAGGCCAGGCCGCUGGUCUGCUUCCGAAGCAUCGCAUCGUCGCUCUGUCUCUCUCACACCCAUGGCGCGCCCCGUGUAAGGGCGCGAGAGAGACAGAGCGACGAUAAUGCUUCGGAAUGUGGUGGCUGGCCUGCUCUGCUAGCGCUGCCCGCCCCUGUCUACCUGUGCGGCGCGUGCAUGCGCCUAAUGACCUAGCCUGAGGGCCGGAGGCGACGAGGCGACCGGAGGCUCUCAACCGAGGGGUCGUCGUCGUCCUUGCAUCGGCCAGCGAGGCGAGGGGGCUCUGGGGCCGCCUUCCGUGGAGGACAAGCUGGGCUAGGUGGCCGAGUUGGACGUCCAAGGUCCAAGGCGAGGAGGGGCAGCUCAGCUCCUCGGGCAGCUCCGGGCAGCUCGCUCUGCUCGCCUGCCCUUUGCGCUGCACCACGCUGCACCUGUUGUCGACUUCCUUUUGUUUGGCAUACGCGGAAUAUGGAGGACAAAGCGAGGGACACGGAGGCCUUGAGACAGUCUGGUGGGGCGUAGCAGCGUACUGUAGCGCGCGGGGAUCUGCCCGCAGAGGGCGCGGGGGAGGGAGGGGCACGGGCGCGGGCAGGUGGAGGUGGGGCUUGUGGGGCGGCCCAGAGGCCCCGCGGACAGCGGGCCGGUGACCUGCUACCUCUACCUGCCCAGACUCCCCCCUCCCUUUCCCCCGACGUGCCUCCGGUCCGAACCGAGAGACUUGGAGUCAUGCGCGAGGCCCCCUUUCUACCCUCCCUUGCCCCUCUUCCUCCUCACUCCAGCACUCCACUCCACUCCAGUCCCAGUCCACCACGGCGUCGGCGUCGACUCGGCGUGCCGGAGAAGUCCAUCAACAGCAUCUGUCUCGUCGUCGUCGCCCGUCCAGUUCAACUGAGUCGUGGACCCCGACUCAACUUUUGCCAAGGACUCUGUACCUUGCACACAGAGGUGGUUUGAGCCAAGUUUAAUCUAAAACUGUGCUGCAGAGCAAAACAAGUUUCCGCUACUAUUUAAAAGCUUGAAAAAAUUGUGAAGUGAUGACUGUCUUGGUCGUUUGAUCUGCAUGAGAUUCUGACUUUUGCAUGAUGUGCGCAAGAAAUACUACCCAUUGCCCUGGGGACAAAGGGAUUCCUCGUCUUCUUGAAGAUUUGCAACGACUUGCUGAAGACCACGAAUCUGCUGAUGUUGUUUUCCUGGUGGGCAGAGAUGAAGUACCAGUAUAUGCUCACAGAGUAAUUUUAAUGGCACGGUGUAAAAGUUUUCAGACUGCGAAAAGGGGAGAACUUUGUCGCAUUCCAGGAUGUUCUGUUGCUCCGGCAGCACCAGGGACACCUACUCCGGUUCGACUUCCCCAGUUCCAAGGGGACACCUUCAAGUUGUUCACACGAUAUGUUUACACAGGCACAAUAAUGCUUCAGGAUAGUGCUGUGUUUGAAAUGCUCACCCUUGCACAAGACUUGGGAGUUGAAGAACUUAAAAACUGUUGUGAGGAUCACGUGUCAUCUACACUUUCAGUUUUGAAUGCAUGUACUUUUCUCGCAGCUGCUCUUGACAUUCAUGAUCGGUCAUCAGGUGGUAAGGGAGCAAAAUCUUUUGUUGACCGGUGCACCUCCUACAUUGGUGAAAAUGCAUUGGAGUGUGUCCAGACCAACUCCUUUUUAAACUUACCAAAAGAAGCAUUACUGAAAUUAAUUUCAUCUGACCAUUUAGUUUUGGAAGAAGAAGAUGUAUGGAGAGCGGUACUGAAUUGGGCAAAGCACCAAGCAGGUGUCACGCAACCAACAGCGCACUGGACAGAAGAAGAAAGAGUAAGGGUUUGCCAACAUCUUGCAGGUGUCAUUAAUCAUGUCAGACUACUCCUCAUUGACAGUCAAGUUUUUGCCGAAGAAGUUGAGCCUACUGGAGCUGUCCCAAUGGAAUUAUCCCUUGAAAGAUACAGGUAUGCUGCACUCCCAAAUAAAUUCAAGGAAAGGUCAGAAGACAAGCGAUUGCAACCUCGAGUUUCAUUAAGACUGUUUCCUGGGACUCAAAUUCUGAUAAAGGAGAAGACAUCUUUUCAACGCACACUAAAUUCAUGGUAUGGAAAUACCAAACAACAAUGGAGAUUACUGUUUAGAGCAUCAAGUCAUGGUUUUUCUGCUGAUGCCUUUCAUAGACAUUGUGAUGGUGUUUCACCAACAUUUGUGAUUGUUAUGGGCACAAUGGGAGACAUAUGUGGUGGUUUCAACGAUGUAGCAUGGGAGAAGCCAAGCACCAAAAGUCACUAUAUCCAAUCUGAUAAAGCUUUCCUGUUCACAUUGACAAAUUCAUCAGGACUUCCACCAACAAAAUAUAAUAUUCAAAAGAAGCCCUAUGCUAUAUGUUAUCACCCAGGUUGUGGUCCAGUUUUUGGUGGUGGGGCUGAUCUUUUCAUAUCAAACAACUGUAAUACAAAUAAUGAAAGUUACUCAAAUUUGCCCCAUUCUUAUGAUGGAGACGGGGCUUCAAGCAGUGUACUUAUGGGUGAUUAUAACUUCACUGUCUUAGAGUAUGAAGUAUUUGCACCAUCAAAUAAAUAAUAAUUUAUAUUUCUAAAAUGUCUCAAGUGCUAUUAAACAAUUUGUACUAAGAUAAUAAUAUAAUUAAGUCAAUAGUAUGUAUGCUUGGAUCACUGGAAAAAAUUGUAAAAUGGAUAAAUAAAAUUUAUUUUAUUUCAA